AAGAUAGAAAGGACGCAAACGUCAGCAUCACAAACACUUCGUAUUAUGUUUACUCAAAAGUAUAUUUCCAAAACACAAGUUUUUGAUUUGAAGCCACUUGAAGAAUAUUAGUAUACCCAAGGGUUUUGAUUUAGUAAGUCAAAUCGCGGCCAUGGAGUACAAUCGCCAGCCGUGUCCCAUUAGGAUUGUGGAGGAUUGCGGAUGUGCCUUCAUGAUGGGCACCAUCGGAGGUUCGCUGUUCGAGUUCCUCAAGGGUUUCCGUAACGCUCCGUCCGGAUUGCAGCGCAGAGUUUACGGUGGCAUUGAUUUGGUGAAGAUGAGAACGCCGUGCAUUGCCGGCAGCUUUGCCGUUUGGGGUGCCACAUUCAGCACAGUGGACUGCGCCCUGGUCCACUAUCGCCAGCGGGAGGAUGCCUGGAACUCGAUACUCAGUGGAGCGGCCACGGGUGGGAUAUUGGCAGCCCGUAAUGGCAUUCGGGCCAUGGCCAACAGUGCUCUGGUGGGCUGUCUGGUGCUGGCCAUGAUUGAAGGAGCCGGUGCAGCAGUGGCCACCAUUAAUGCAGCCGACAAGGGUGCAGGGAUAGUCAUCAAGCCGCAGCGGGCCCAGUGGGAGGCCAUACUGGAGACCAUUGAUCCGAAGAGAGCGACAUCCACUCCAGAUUUCGCAUUGGCAGAGUUUGAACGGGUGCUGGACCAAUGCCGGGCGAGCAGGGAGCCAAAUUUACUUCAGGACAUUCCGGUCAAGAGUCACGAGCGGGAGUCCAAACAGAAGCCAUUUUAUUCCCUCUUGGAUCUGGCGAAACUGUCCCAGAUGUUCUAGUGUUGCCCAGAAAAGGGGAUUUCAUUUUCAUUCAAUAUUUCCGUUCUCAACUAUCAAAAUUAUGUGCAUGUGCUAGUUUUCACCGUUAAUUUCUUGAUCGUAAUAUACAAAACGUAUAAGAUACUAAAGCGAAGUAUCUAGUAGAUAC